GUUGUCAGCGGUGGCCAUGGAGAUGCGAUGGGACUGCGGGCUGUCGGUAGUUCCGCGGUGUUCGUGUGUCCAUUAGAGGGAUGCCCCGGAAGAUAGGAUUCAUUGUGGUCAAUUCUUCCAGCCAUGAGGACAACUUCAAUGCCAAGGAGCUCAUGGUCCAUGCACCCACAGUCAACGGCUGGAGAUCUAGCAGGCUGUGCUCCUACCCUCAACACAUCACCCUCCAGCUGGUGGAGAGAAGUAGGGUGAGGAAACUGCAGCUGCUGGCCCACCAGUACCUGAUCCCAGCCAAGGUGGAGUUCCACAUUGGAGACACACUUCCUGAAACCUGCACCUCAGGGUUCCCUGGGCAGCUUCGCAGACUGGGGUACGUGUCUUUGUCGGACAAUGAGAAGACGGGUUUCAAAGCUCGGGAGCUGAAGUCAGUCCAUGUAGACGCCAUCGGAACGUAUCUGAGAAUAACCUUCCAUAGGAACCAUGUCAACCAUUACAAUCAACACAAUCAGGUUGCUUUGGUUGCCAUUAAUGUUCUGGGAGAUUCUUUGGAUGGCAAUGCUUUUAACACAAUUCCAAGCAGAGAGCAGCUGAUCGAACACUACCUCAACAGUACCCAGCUGGAAUCCGCCUUGGACACGACCUUCAUGGGUAAAUGUGAGUCCAUCUCCCCCUUGGAUGACCUGGCCUUCGACAUGUACCAGGACCCUGAAGUUGCCCACAUCAUCCGACUCCUGGACCAAAAGAAGCACGACAUGGUCCAGCAGGAGAAGUACGAGCAGGCAAAGAAUCUGAAGCAGGCCAUUGCAGACCUGCAAAAGGUCGGGGAGCGUUUGGCUCGAUAUGAUGUGGAGAAGCGAUGUGCGAUCGAAAAGGAAGACUAUGACCUGGCCAAGAAGAAAAAGGAGGUGAUGGACGAGUACAGGAGGAGCGUCUACCAGCAGCUUGAGGUCCACAACCUGCUGGACAUGGCAAUGAUCACAUGGGCCGCAGAUGCAUCCCCUGCCCAGGAUUCUCCCGCCCUUCUGCCUUCUCCAGGCCACCCUUCAGUCCCCAAUAAGCCCCUUGUGUCCACUGACACAAUCAGGGAGGGGAAAAAGACUAAUACUACUCAGAACCAACAGUCAGACGCAGAAACUGUUGUGGUCAAACUGAGCAGCCAACCUGACACACCGUGCACCCCGGCUGCUGUACCCAAGAUAGACGUUACCUGUGUGCCUUAUGAUGAGAGGCAGCUUCCAGUCUUUCAGAGGAAAGACCGGCCUGUGGAGGCCACUCUUAGCCCUGCAGAGCAUCACUCCCCCCAAGCUGAUACUCAAAGGAUUCCACACAGCCCUGAGAUGAGCGGAGAGCCAGAACCCCUGACAGAGAAGGCCCAGAGAGAGGCUAGCCUUCCACUAGAGGUCUAUGGAGAAAGCCUGGUGGCUGGGGCUUAUUCCAAAACCUGGUCCUACAGAGAGGAUGCUCUCAUGUCUGUGUACAAGAAGCUUUUGGAGCUAUCACCCGCCACCCCCAAGGAGGAACUGAGAAACAUGACAAGAGCUGCAGUUGUCCUGGUCAAGAAGGCCCUCCUGGAUAAAGUGUCAUCUGUUUUCCACGCCUCCUUGAAGUUGCUGCAGCUGCUGCUGAGCCAGCUGAUCCCAGGUCUGGGGCUGGGCCGGGCCGAGGUGACCCACUGCAUAGAUCAAACUUGGCCCAACCUGCUGGCCAGGUCUGGAGACUCAUCGGGCCGCCUCCGGGGCAUGGCCACUGCUUUUAUUCAGGAAAUUGCAGUUCUGAAGGAUGUACGUGCCCUGCAGGUUAUCCCUGGUGAGCUGGUGAAGCCCUUCAAAUCCAACUUCCCCUCUCGUCUGGCUCAGAGUCGGGCCGAGCUGCUCCAGAAGCUAGUCGCUGAACUGGGUACAGAAAACUCUGGCUUCACCCUGGACAAUGUCAUGAAGUUCUGUACAGCAGCUUUGGAGCACAAUGCAUCAGCGGUUCGAGAUCUGGCAGUGCGCGUCAUCUUAUCCAUGUACCAGCAGCACAGAGCUGCUGUUCUCCACUACCUGCCACACAACGAUGCUACUGCACGAAAGAACUUCCUCUUCAAAACCCUCUUCGAUGGCUUUGCCAAGAUUGAUGGAAAGCUGGUGGACACUCAGAUUUUGAAUAAGGGAGGUGGUCAGCAGGCUGGGCAGAAAGAGAAGGAGGAGAUCCACUCUCUUCAGGAGCAGCUGGCCGCCUUGAAAGAGAUCACAGAGAGGGGGAAUGAAAGCACCGAAGGACAAAUGCCCAAGAAAGAAGCCCCCAAACCUGAGCCCCAAAAUGCUGGCAAAACAACUGUCACAAAAGUGCCGCAGAAGAAGGUCACAGACAGUAUUGACGUCCAACAAUCUAUCAACUAUCUGGACAACCUGUGCAUAUUCUGCGGUAAAAAGGAUGAGUCCUUCACAGAGGACGGAUUGGACCUUCACUACUGGAAACACUGUCCGAUGCUGAGACGCUGCGAUGAAUGCAGACAGGUAGUGGAGAUAGCCAGCCUCACAGAGCACCUACUAGGCGAAUGUGAAAGCAGGUCCAAGUUCAGCCAGUGCCCACGCUGCUCAGAGGCCGUGGCCACUGAAGAUCUGACUCGCCAUGUCCAGGGCCCCGCCUGCAACCCCCCCAUCUCGGGUAAAGGCUGCAACCACUGCCCUUUGUGUCACAACAACUUCAUGCCUGGAGAGAAGGCCUGGAAGGCUCACCUCAUGGGCAGGGAGGGCUGUAAACAAAACUCGCGCAGGACUGCGGUGUCCCAGAGAACCCAGCCAGCACAAGGCAAAGCUGUUGGUGGAGCCAAGCUGAAGCAGGCCUGGUCGGUUGGGGCCAGAGCCAGGGCCAUGGGCAGAGGAAGCCGGAUCCCGGCCCUGGCACCCCUGGCCAAAGGACAUUCACCAGGGAAGCACUGAAAC